AUGAGAUAUGUACUCUUCUGCCUAAGCGCGUUCGUGUUCUACGCGAUUUUCUACUUUUCUCAUAUCAACGGCCUCGAUGAAUUGGGAAAGCAAGCUGUGGAGUCCGGCAAGCUCCCUAGUAUUAAUGCGCCUCUGCGCUCAGUAUACACCGGCGUCGAGCCUGUCGAUAAGCUCCUAACGCUAUUGACUGCAUUCUUCUAUCCCUCGCUCGAUGGCUCGAACCCAGGACUUUUGCUUCACAGCAUUGGUUUCUCGGGUACCUUCGGCGCAGCAUGGACUCUUGUCGUUCUCGAGUCCUGGAGAAAGGGUAAUGUCGGCACUAUCGCCGCUUACCCAAUGGUCUUCGGCCUCGCAGCUCAGGUCCUGACAUUCGCUUUCGCUACACCCUUGAUCUGCGCUCUCCAACUUGGCAGCUCAAUCACUGCGCGCCGUCCCCAUGCAGACAACAUCCGCGUGCCGCGCGCGGUCCUCGCAGCGCUCCCAUUGAUUUUCGUAGUCGGAUUCAUGGUCCCAACUAAUAUCAUGGUCCUACCCGCUCCUGCUGUCAUCCCAGUAGAUGUGAAGCAAAUCGCCAUUGCAAUGUGGCACCCCUGGCCCGGUUACGUUUCGAUUCUGACUACCGUCGCGUACUUUGUUCUGUCGCCUUUCUUCUCGGAGAACCAGCGUGCGUCCAUGUCUAGUCUGCGCUGGGUCUACGCAUUUGCGUUUAUCAAUGCGUCGCUCUCGCAUCUUGUUUCUUGGAUUGUGUCUUUGGCUACGGUUAUCGUGCCAAGUCUGUUUGCGGAUUCUGUUCUCGAGACGCUUCAUCCGGCCAAUGUGUUUUCAAUUCCUCUUCCUUGGUCUGGAUUGACUGUUGACAAUGUCGGUGAUGGUGUUCACGUUUUCCUGCGUUGGGAUUAUUUGAUUGGCUCGGCUGGUAUUUUGCUCUGGGCGAUUCAAUUGUAUACUGUUGCUCAUAAGCAACUUGGUGUUGUCUCUUGGAUCAGUUUCUUGUUCAAGGUUACUCUCUUGACUGCUCUUGUUGGUCCUGCGGGUACUGCUGUGGAGCUCGUCUGGGAGCGGGAUGAACUCGUAUUCGCCGAGACUGGUGGUGCUAGGCAGCAGGUUUCCAAGGCCAAGAAGUCCACCUAA